AUGCAUCAAAACCAAGAUGCAGACUAUUCCACAGACGGCUCUGAGUCGAGAUCAUCAUGCGAGUCUCACGAAGAUGUGUUUCUAACAAACACAGUUCAACUGGUGGAAACACCACUUGAACCAGUAGUGAGCAGUACAGUUAACCGCAUGAGCAGUUCUCUCCUCAUGAUAGCCCGAGCACUAACAAAAAAUCAUAUCACAAAGACUGAGCAAGUACUUACGAUUCUCCUCGAUAGCGGAUCCCAGCAUAGCUAUAUCAAAGAAGACACAGCAAAGUCGUUGGGAUUGAAGCUAAGGCAACCAAAGGAUAUAACAACUAUAGCCUUUGGAGGCCAUGCUCAAACAGAAACAUCGUAUCGAGUCAGAAUCGUACUACACAAUGAGACAGAUGGGAGACCGACACGUCUCAACCUAUGGACACGAAAGUCCAUAACCUCUGUCCCGUACAGCUCGUCGCCUAGUUCAGCAGAGGACUCUACAGUCCCACCGUAUAACAGCAAAGACCGUAAAGAGGUCGACAUCCUGAUAGGAAUGGACCAUUACUGGGACGUAGUUGAGAUAAAUUCAAUCGCCUACUCCCCUCUGGUUUAG